GUCAUGGCGACACCAUCCGCGACCAAAGGAGCCUCGUCGCUCAGCUUACCCGCAGAGCUGUGGAUCGAAGUCUUCGCACAUGCCACUCAUGUGGAAGGAGUCUCUGAACGGGACAUCCGCGAUCGUGUCAAGUCCUUAGGACUCUACGGCGAGAGAAGUGGAUCAACGGAACACGAACCCGCACUUAGACAGUCCAUUGUUUCCACGAGGCUACAUCUUCCCCUGGUCUGCAAGACGUGGUACGAGCUAGCUACGCCAUUCCUCUAUCAGUCAGUCUGGGUCGACAACAGGAGCCUGCCAUCACUGCUCGCGGGUCCACUCUUCAGCUCACCCUCCGUGGCACUCAAAGGGAGCGCGGAGCCACUAGGGGCGCUCGUAAAGCGCGUGGACCUCAUCAUGGACCUUUCCCGUAUGCCAAUGAUAGGGCCAGGCGUCGCUAUUAAAGAGUACUACGAUGACCUUGGAGACCUCUUGCAGUCACUUCAUAACAUUUCCAUCAUCGAUAUUUCCAUCAUCCCUCCUCGUCCCAUCGUAGCAAAUGCGAUGUCCUUCCCCAUCCCCAAUUGCGUGAUAGACGCAGCGUGUAGUCUGGGACAGACACUCGAGGUCUUCAACAUACGCACGGAACUUGCGAUCUUCGAGCGUUCUCAAACCAUAAAAUUGUUGCACUCUGCUCCAAACCUCCGAGUACUGUCUUGUCGCUACAUCGAAGCCCUGAACUCAGGAGUGACCUCCUCUCAGUCCAUCGAGUCUCUUUCUUGUGGCAGAUGGUUAAGCCUGUCAGGAUCGUGCCGCGAUUGCUUUCCACGCUUGCGCCAUCUCACCCUCCGAGAGCACGAUUCGCUGGCCAGCCCCGAUAUGCAAACGUUCUUAGAAGGCGUCGGUUCUAACCUUGAAACCGUGUGCUGUGCACAGGGACAUACAGUGUAUCAAUCGAGCUGGUCGGUCAUAGCCAGGACCUGCCCUCGCUUAACUCGCAUAGUCCUGUCCGUUCCGGAGGACGCUCUUUUCCAGGACGACAUGUUCUACUUCUUUCAGCUUCCGCCCGUCAAGUACCUCGGAUUCAAAGUUUACAGAACCCAGUCAAGUACGGAGCCGUUGGAGGCAGCCCAGCUUGAUCGGACGGCAGGAUACGGGCGGAUUUGGCAGAAGAUUCAGAUGCUCCUCUCUUUCACACCGUCCAUCCAGGUCGUCGAAUUCUUGACCAUAGAUCGCCCUCACAAGGAGGGGAUCGAGGCAGUACCUCCAGAGCUAGCAGGACGCUUGCAGUUUCGAUACGUAUACCAAGAUUAGAUCGUUACAUUGUGACUUUGCAACUUUGCGGAUCGGAACACUCGCUAGCUACAAUCGUCGCUGAUCCUGAAGGAUGCCCAACUGCCUUAGACUAAUGUCCUGGUUUCCCUCGUUGCACCUGAUACGUACAUCGCCUACAAACCUGAUUAAUGAUUAUUCACGAGGACUUGAUGGAGC